AUGUUUUCGUCCAAAAUUUUAGGCAUAACAUCUGAGGCACCUCAAAAAUUAGAUUCAUUGUCAAAAUUGUGGUUGACCCAUGUUGAUAAUGAUUUUGAUCGAAAUGAUGAAAUAUUAUUAACAAGAACAGCUGCGUUAGUAACACCUGUUCAAGAAAAUAAUGAAAAUAUAUUAAUGAAACGAACGUUACUGUCUAAUUUAGUCCCGUUGUUAUGUCAAAAUGCAUUAGAUUCUAAAAAAUUACAGUUAUGUGAACGUUAG